CAUUAUAUUUGACGAAAGCGGCGAAAAAGAGACUCGACAGAAACGCUUGUUCCGACUUCGGAUGUGCAUUUCAGUAACAAAAUCUCAACCUUAGGCCAAUACCAACGGUGAAAAUAUACGAAAAUAGUCGUAGCUUUGUGGAACAAGUGAAAUGGAAGCGAUUAAAUUCGUUCAAAACGAGCCUUGGGCAACGAUGUGCAUGGAUUUGUAGCUGAAUUCUUAACAUUUUGACAUUUGGAGACGGAUUCUAUAUCAAAAGUAGGUACGAUUGGUUUUACGGUGCUAAACAAUCAAAACGCAGAUCUGCAUUUACAAAGACAGUCGGAAUCAACAGAACUGCAGCUGAAUGUGAAGUCAGUGCCGGGUGUUCUUAUUUAAUUAUAAUCGUUCGCAAAUAAUUUAUCUCGAAGCUAAAAAAAAACUGAAAAGAAGAAAAUGCACGAUUGAUGUGACAAAGAGUCCUAAGUGUACAGUGUUGUUGUGGAACUAAAAGCGUUUAGAACAAUGCCAAUUUAUUGUCAAAAAGCAAUUUCGUUGAAAAAAAGAUAGAAAUUGAGUGGAAAAUGUGUCUCGCAAAUCUGUUUUAUGUCCAAUUUUUUGUUUAUGCCAACCUUUAAAUCAAAGUGAAACGCUCGUAUUGUGUUUGUUUGAUAACAUCUGUAAUUUUGGGAACAUUAGUCGAAAAUGAAGUACAAACGAGAACGUCGUUCAAAGCCCAAGUCAACGAGUAGCAAAUUAGACCGAAGGAAACUCAAAAAAUAUUUAAAACAGGAAGGCAUUUCACUGGAAGAUGCAGUUGUUAUGCUAGAUUCCAGAUUAUCAUGUCGAGCCAACGGAAGAAAACAUCGUGACAGUCGACGAUCCGAUUCGGAAAAUCAUUACCAGAAUUCAUCCGGUUCGAGAAAAUGUCACGAUCGUCAAUCAAAUGGUAGAAAGCGUACGAAAAGUCGAAUAGAGAAAAAAAGAAGAAAGAAAAACCGUGUGAAAUGUAGAGACUCGUCCAAUUAUCAUAUUCCACAUACAUCUAAAAUGUAUAAUGGACAUCGAAAGCAUUCAUCGUCAUCGUCAUCACCAACGCCUUCGAAAAAAGCCACUGUUUCUGACGCAAAAAAAGAAACCGAGGCUUUGAAACUCAUCAGGAAGAGGCUGGAGAAUAUGGACAAGGACAGUAAUGCAAAUUCUAGUUUGAAAAUUGGACGUAGUAAAGAAGCAAAGAGGCAAUCGACUACAUCAACGGACUGCGAUACACCACGGGACAGAUAUGGUGAAAGUUCCGGAUCGACUACACCCGACGACAAACGUAUAUCUAGUAAAAUGUUCAAAAAAUAUGCGGACAGCUUUGCCCAGUAUUUGCUGGAAAAUCGGUCGAGUAAUUCUCUGGAUAGUAGCAGUGAUUCGGAUACUUUCAUCAGUACAGACGUCAACAAUUCUGAAAGUUCAGACAUUGAACGAACCGUUGGCCAUGAAUCACCGCCGACAAUAAUUCUGUUGGAUUCGGAUGAGGAAGUGAAUGAAAAUGCAAGCACAAACGAGAAUAGUGUACCGCCAACGAGAACUACACCUACGAGGAGCACGCCUACUAGAACAACACCGACGUCGCUGGCACGAACUUCAUCUCCUACACUCAUAGCAAAUGAUCAUCCCAUUAGAGUUAAGAAAGAGAAGAAGUCUCGAUCAUCCAAAAUGUAUCGAAAGAAUCAUCGAACAAUAACAUUGCACCCCAUCCAACCGUGCAACGAACGUCUGAAUUCACCGAGUAGCGUUGACGAUGAUUCGUAUAGUACAGCUCAAUCCGACAGUUCGGAAUCACCAGAGAAUCACACACCAAACACCAGAAACGCCAAGAGCAAACGACGGAAAAAACUGCGUCCAUCAAUAUCAAUGCGAAAAAACCGGCAGCGUCCCGUACCAGCGGAGGAAAGAAUUAGAACGAAACAAACUGCCUUGUCGUUCGAUGUGACCGAAGUGUUCGAAACGCAACCCGUACGGGAAAACGUAGGGACGACGCCAGACAAACGAAAAUCGCCAGUCAAACGAAAAUCGCCAGUCAAUGUGUCGCCGAAAGGCCGAAGGGACGGUGCACCUCUUCCUGUGGUCUCGUUUGGGCCAGGAUAUAUGCGGCAUGACGAGAAUUGGAAGGAUGAGGAUUGGUCAAAUUUAAGCGAGGAAGAUGAUUUCUCCGACUAUCAAAAUGGUGGCGUCAAUCAUGCAGAGUACCUCAACGAGGAGGGUAACGAUUCACUAGAUGAAGACUUUGAACCAGCGGACGAUGAUGAAUUCGUUCGGAAUGGCGUGGCCAGAGCGAAUUUCGCAGAUUACGAUGGCGUUACAAUUGAUUUUGUCGAUCGACCGCAAAUUAUCGAAAUUAAUAUGCCAGCGUCCAACAAUGACGAUCCACAUCAGUUGGUCGUUGAAUCCGAAGAAACCAUUGAAUAUGCAGAAGCUCAAAGUGAAAAUACGAACAUCUAUGCAAACAAUUACGACGACAUCGAAGACACCCAAGAUUCGGAAACGGACACCAAUUCAGCAAUCGGCAAUAAAUUUCCGAUAAAAAUUGUUGAAUCCACUCCCGACGCAUCGAAUCCGCUCACCAUAGCUGACAUUAUACUGCGAAUGUCUCAACAGGAUAUCGACACAUCGGUUGAACUAUCGAAGGAAAUCGACGACGCUGAAUCGAGUACUGCUGUCGCCACCACAACCAAAGGAAUCGAGCAGGACGGAUCGAUGAUUGUUGACGCAAUGCUAUCAUCGGAACCUUCAAGCAUAUCAGCGGACGAGGAAAAUGACGGCAUACCGAAUGAUGUCAUCGAAAAUGACAUACAACCGUUCGAUACAACAUCGCAAUUUCUGAAUGCAUCCAACGCCCGACAAGUGCUCGUUCUGCUCAAAACAAAAAUAUAUUUCCAUGGCUCACUGAGCAUUCGACUGAUUGCUGGAAGCGCAUCUAUUUUCGGAUAUGAGCUGAUGCAAGGCGAAACUGUCUUUGUGUACUCACCGCGCAGCGACAACUGUCUAUACAUGUCACCGUCCGCACAGGAUCAACAUCAGCACGAGAAUAAUGUCGAAGUCAAUUUACACGAUUUGCCCAACGCUUUCGGUACAUCAGAACUACAACACAUGAUGGGCAACUUCGACAGCUCCAGGGAUGCUAUCAUCUUGCUAGAAAAUGAUUCUAGUAACCGAAGCUAUCACAUGAUCGAAAACUACAUGAGAGAGACGAUAUUCUCGAAUUUUGAAUCAAUUGGAGGUGAUCAUCAUCAUCCGCUCCAGCUGUCAGAAACUAUGCUGCGGUGUAGAUUUUUCACGCACACAGAUGCAGGUCUAAGAGUUAAUCCUCAAUGGCAGGACGUUAACAUGACGGUAAAUAGUCGACAAAUGAUUAUCGGCGGAAAGGGUGUCGGAAAGUCAACAUUUCUUCGAUAUUUGAUAAACAAAAACUUGCAAGGAUUUGACAAAAUUCUUCUCAUCGAUUUGGACAUUGGUCUACCGGAAAUGUUUGUUCCACAAACGGUCAGUGCUACGAUUAUAACCGAACCGAUACUCGGUCCAGGAUACAUAAGAAAUACACCUCCGUACAAAGCGUAUCUGUUCGGUGAUGUGAACGUUUUGGUGUCGCCAAUCAAAUACUUGAAGUGUGUACUUAAACUGUUGAAGCACUGCAGUUGCCGGGAUGAUUUGCGAUCGAUGCCAUGGGUUAUCAACACCAUGGGAUACAGUCAUGGAUUCGGUCUGGAAUUGAUAGCAGCCAUACUGCGCGCAUUGAAUCCGACCGAUUUAAUUCAAAUUCAAUCAUCGAAAUCGACCAACAACGUCGGAACCAUUCUGAACGCCGAAGUGGUGAACUCUUUCGGUUUUAAUAUUUUCAAAAAUGAAGUACAAUACAUGCAAAACGAGUGUACAUAUUCGACGUACGUGUGUAAUACAAUGUCAAGUGAACAGCAACAGGAUGACUGGAACAAGUCACAAACAGAUCUGCGAUAUGCAAUGAUUUUAUCGAAAUUGGGUGGUAUACUUCAAGGAAACGUUAAUUGGAUCACGGACGUGAGACCUCUGUGGGCUUACCUGAAUCAAAUGAAAGUUCUUAUAUUGAGUGAUGACUGCGACAACUUUCAUUCGCAGCCGAAUGUUUUAAAUGGAAAUCUGGUGUACUUGUGUCAAUCCUCCGAACAUGCUGCAGACGAAGAUAUCGUCGAAUGUUAUGGAAUCGGUGUUGUGAGAAGCGUCGAAACGGCAAACGACAAAAUCUAUCUGCUGCCCGCAAUUAGCAAAGCAGAACUCCAUCAGGUGAAUGUAAUAGCCAUUUGUAACAUACCGCUGCCACCAGCACUGCUGCUGAAUCAGAGUUCUCGAAUUGGCGGACGCAUCCCAUAUGUGUAUUCCAGUGAUAAUUUCAUUGGUUCCAAGAAAAAUGUACCUAAUGCGUGUCGACCUGAGAAGCGUACGUCCAACAAUCACAUCAAAUUAGUCUAAAAACAAAAUGUUCGAUCAUUCCACGAGUAAAUUGUGAGAAAAUACCGUCGACGGAAGAGGCGUACACAUUGAGCAGCCCACUGCUAAUUGUUAAACUUUUAGACGGGUUUCCUAUGACAAAAACAAUGACCGAUCAAAGCAGGAGUAAAAAAAAUAUUUUGGCCCACAACAAAAUCUGUUUGUUGGAAGGGAAAUCCUGUAGCAAAUCAAAUAAAAUAGGGGAAUCAAACAGGGACUUACGUCAGUGCUGCUGUUACAUUCUUUUUAUUUAUUUUUUUGUACCGGACCCGUCUCGUCCGAGGUGAUUCUACUCC